AUGACGGGGGUGGACACGAGCGCGCCGACAGGCGCUGUGCGUGCACCCGACCCGAGCACGUCGGAUGUGGCAUUAACCUCUUUCCACGACGUGUAUGAACAUUUGGAGCGUGCGCGCCAGACACGCGCCUCGUCGGAGUUGCAGGCGAUCCUCGAUGCGCGGCAAGCCCGUAUGCGCGAGUGUGGAGCACCCCUUCCACGCCGCUCAGCAUCGUCGCGCGCGUCCAUUGAAAAGCAGAACGAGGUGACGUGGCAUGGCGUAUCGCUCAAGGUCGACGCUACGCAGCGGGACCUGUGCUUAGCGAUUAGUGACCGGCUAGACGUGGACGAAAUUGAGGCACUUGCUCAGCUGCGCAUCUUCUUUGCAAGUGAGCACCGUACGCUUACAGCACUUGAGCCGGCCCUGUCUACGUCGAAGGCUGAGUCCACCGAUGACAUCUUGGAUGCCUUUUAUCUCUUUUUCCUUGAAGAGCAACUCUCUGUGAUUCGGUGUAUUAGCGCUCUCUUGCGCAUUGCUGAGGAUGAGAGCAAUGAGCUGUACGACGUUGCCACACACGCUCUACGUCCGUUUGCCGACCCUGCGUUUGCGAUGCAGUGCUUGCGUUGGUUCGACGAGGCGACGUCGCAGUCGCUACCUACCUCAAUUGCGCGUGAUACGCACUAUUCCAUGUUAUGGGCUCGCCAUGGACUGGAACGUCAGCUGGCUCUUCUGGAAGUCGUGUUCCUCUUAUACUACGGGCGUCUUUCUGCGUCCGCUGCGUUGGUCGCAGAUACAUUGGCUAUUGUCCAACGUACGCACUUUGGCCAGCGUCAAGCGAAUGCCGGCUUUUUCAGCGAAGACGAUCAAGUACUUUGUGGCUGCAUACGUGAUGUCCUACUCCUGUUUAUUGCCGAGUGUCUUCACUUGGAAGCGGCGUUGGAGCCGUGCGAGACAGGUACUAUGGCCUCGUCGGAUCCACCACUGGCUUUAUGGGCCGCAGAUCCUUCGUCUCUAUCUCGUGCCUUAGAUGUGCUGGACACCGCGACGUCGCAUGUUACCUAUGCGCCACUCCUUCUAGGGUUUGCCCUGGUCCUUCGCCGCCUUGACGAAGUACAAACGGCCGCGCCGACGAGUAUGGAGCCAGGUUUGGUGGAUGUCGUGCGUGUGCAUGACGAUGGUCCACCGAUGUGGCAGCGGCUGGUUCAGGGUGCUUUUGAUCCCUCGAUGGAUCUGUUUGGCGGGCUACAGACCCUUGUCGACUCGCCGUUGCUGGGCUCUUCCACACGUGUGCUGGGCGCGUCCAACUUGUCGGCACUGGCGUACCGCGCUGUGGCCAAAGGGUUGGUGCUGUGUGUCACCGAACUUGUGCAGCCCGCGUACCUGCCUGACCUCGAUGUCCUGGUCGAUGUGUGGUGCAGUACCUUCCGUGCUCCGCCCGGUGAUAGUGCGGAUGGGAUUGCUGCGUUAUGUGCGCAAUUCUGGACACAGGACCGGCCCUAUGCUACACGUUCUUCGCUUCUUGAGACAGCGCGACGUCGGUUCCCAGCGAGCUGUCGACCGCUCGUGCGCCUCGCUCAUGCUUUGACAGGCUCAUCACAUGCCAUGCCCUCCCCUGCGACAGCGACAGCAGUGGUUGAGACUCUUGCCCAGCUGUCUACAUGGGCGAUGAUCCUGCCUCCCUAUGCCGCAGGUCUCGCACCAUGGGAAACGUUCCAGGACGGCGAUGCACCAUCGUUGGCCUAUCGCCUGCGCACCUCGCUUCGCAUUCCCUCGACGCGUCUAGUGUUGCCGGCUGGCACACGCGGUGUCCUUCUUUCGCCGACCGGUGAAUCGCCCGCCAUUGUCUUGUGGGACUGCAUGACGCCCCAAAGCGCCUGGAUCGCCCUGCACGAUAUGCUCGCGAGUGCUGUGAGCUCUUCGCCUACGCCUGCCACGACCACGCGAUCCCGUGGCCGCCAUACGCUCCCGGCGAUGGACGAAGAGUGGCAGGACCCGUCCUCGGUGGCGCCUACGUCCGUCUCACCAGACUGGGCGGAUACGCCACAGCUAAGCGCCGACAUUGCUGAGCUCUUUGCUGAUGUCCUUUCUGCAGACGAGGCGCUGGGCGAUGCGCUACUGGGGCAUAUCGGUGAGCCAUGCACGCUAGUGACGUCUGCGCUAGCGAUGAUCGAGGCAGGCUUGCGCGAUGGAGGGCAUGCGGCCUCGGUCGAUGUGCGCUGUGUGUGUGCAGGCUAUCGUUUGUUGGAGGCUCUCGUGCCAUUGCGUCCGAACGAGGUUUGGCAACGCAUCCGGUCGACCAAUGUGCUGCUGGGCCUCGCUGGCCCUGUGCCGCUUAUGGAUACCAUUAUACCAGCCAGUACGUUGGUCCAGUAUGAAUCGCAGCGUGGCAUUCUGCAUGGCACCCUUAGCCUGCUGGACUUGCUCUAUGCGUUAUGGAUUCAACUCCAAGCGUCGCAGAGUGCUGAUCCGUCGGAAUUGGUCCACAUUAAAGCAAGUGUUUUGGCUCGGGCCUUGGGAUGGCUGGCGGAGGCUGUAUGGAUGGAGCACCAAGGCUGGCUGUACGAGCAUGCGAGUACACGCGCGCAGAUUGGUUUGGGAUGCAUGCGACUUUGGUCGGCGCUCUGGGACGAUCCGUGUGUACGCCAAGACGACGCAGAUCUAGCGCCGCUGUGUGCUGUGCUCACACGCGUCAUUGGCCCGGCUGCGACACCUCUCACGCUCGGCCCUCUUUUGCAUGUCCUGGCAGCGGGGGCCCCAGCGAUUGAUGCCCUGUACCGCACUGGUCAUCCCUUUGCGGCGCGGCGGACCGAAGAACUAGUAGAAGCGUGCUUAACGACUGUGAGUCAGUUGGUCGUUUCCACUCCCACGACCAGUGUUCUUCCUACGCUGUUUUUCGGCACAGCGCCAGAUGCACGUGGGACACUCGCUAGUGCUGUGCUUGGAUACGUCACCGCCGCUGUGCCUGCCUCGCUCGCCAUGGCCGCCGCGCAUGUCGUGACGGACAUGGUAUGCACCGCCGGCGACCGCACGAUGCGACUGGCUGGGCAUGUCGGCUCGACCGACCAAGUGGAGGCAACGUGCCAAGCCCUCGUCCGACUGCUGGAGAAUACGUACACAGAUGGGCCGCUGCGGUGUGCUGUAUGGCACAUGCUGGCCGCGCUCGUUGCGACGCAGCCGGCGCUCGCGACGUUACUGCUUACAGGUGCCCACUUAGCCCGCGACGUGACUACCAAGUCGGACCAUGUUGUGGCGCCCACCGCAUUGGCCGUCGCGAUGGACGAGCUGUCGCAUGCUGACACGUACUGGGAUACCUGCCCGGCGUUGCUUGAUGCCCUGUUGCAGUUCCUAACUGAGGCCUGGGCGCAUGCCGGUGCGUAUCCUGCCGUGUUUGGGGCGUACCAGCGCGAUUCAGGUAUGUGGGAACGAAUCGAGGCGCUCCUCUGCAAGACCACGCCGCCGCCACCGUGCAUCGCGGCGUUGGCCGAUAUGGAAACGAGAGACGACGGUGCGGAGGAAGACGAAGAAGAGAUGGCUGUGCACUAUGCAUUCCGCUUGCAAGCGCAAGCGCGUGCCUUGCGUGUGCUAUCGCUCGAUGUAGAAGCUGCCUCGGCCGCCGUGCCGAGCAAAGCAGAGGCGCGGCCUGACGCAAGUGUGCGCCGCCUUCUGCACCUGUGCACGGCCGAGCAUGGUGCGCGUCUCGCGGCGGUUCUGCGGGAUGUGUUUGCCACGUCACCGACAUCCAUGGCGUACGCGCGUGACGAGCACGUGCGAGAAAGCCUGCCUCACCUGCCGUGGAUGAGCUUGCGAUGGCCUCCUCGUCGUGACGACUAUGAUCGGCGACGUACGUAUGGACGCUCGUAUGUUUAUGCGUGGUCGGCCCUCGCGCCUCGUCUGCUUCUGGACGAGCCUGCCGCCGCAGCCCUGGCCAUGGACGUGAACCUGACCUGGUCAGUCGUGGAUGCUCAGGCAGCUCGGGCGCAGGCAUGGACUGCGUGCGUUCGUACUGCCUCUGCUCAUUUGCUUGCGCUGGCUGAAACGCAAAGCAGUUCCACGACGAAGUCCUUGCAGCAGGCGCUCGCGCAUAUCGUGAUCGAGGUGGGGCCUUUGGCCUUGCAAGAAGGUCGCACCUCCAUAAUGGACAUGCUCUCUGUACUGAUGUGUGCUUCCCAUACGGCCGUCACGACCGAGCAGCUGGAUGCAUGGGCGCACCUUGUUGUCCAGUGGCUCGAGCAGCCGGCGUACACGUUGUCGGCGCUCGCGGGCAAUGCAGCGCGCACGUCCUUGGCCGAGCUGUUGCUGGCUGUGGUGACGGCGGUCCAGCGCCAAGACCGCGUAUGCAAUGCGAUGCCAGCGAUCCUCGAUCACUGCAUGGACGCCCUGGCGCAGCUGGAUACACUGCUUCCCUACCUGGAUGUGCCUACGAGUCCGGAGGCACAGCAGGCUGAGUCGGAUUUGGAGGUGCUCGUCGCGAUCAUCCAGACGUGUCUCACGCCCUCGGCGCAUGUGCCGACCAAUGCAUGGCUUGCGCCGCUCCGGACGACACGGCUUGUGCCUUUUGCUGUGGAUGUGCUUGUGCGUGCGCCGCUUUCGGCGCCCAGUGAGCAUGUGCAUGCCGUGCGUACUCAUGUGCGCUUCCUAGCGCCGCUCCUGCGUCUUCUCGAGGCUCUGGCUGCUCAGCCGCUGGCCUGUGAAACGCUCGCGCAGGGCGGCCUUGUACGUGCGCUGUACACGAAUACACUGAGUGUGUAUCUGGAGAGCGGCACGCUGGAUGCUGUGCUGCCUACGGGCGAUCCAAACCCUCUUCAUGCGUCAUGGCUGUGCAUUUUACGUACGCUUAUCCGGCUGCUGGAGAAUGCCGCCGCGGAUGUGCAGGUCCACCUGGUCGAUACAGAUUUACAGGCGUUUGUGCAUGUAUGUGCGCCGCAACUCCGCCGCGCCUUGUGCCUGUCGCCGUUCAGUGCACGUCCUGAUGCCGUGAUGCUCGUCGAUACGACGCAGUGGGACGAGCUGCGGCUGGUCGUACGACUGGUUCAUGCGAUGUGGCAUGCGAAAGCUAUGACGACGGAGCAUGUCACCAUUCCUCUGCACACCUUGUUCUGGGCGCAGGUGCCCUACUUACUCCAGACACUCGGCUACGUCGCUACGCAUCCAGCGGAUAUGGCUACCUGGCUGGGGUACGAAGGCGACGAGGACCCACUGACCAAGACGGUGUGUGCCCGCGCGCAGGCCGCUGUGGACGACACGUUGGCAACGUUGCUCGCGCUCCUAUGGGCACAUAGUGAGGCGCACGUCAUACUUACAUGCGAGCCCCAAGCGUGGCCAUCGCCGCCGGCGCUCUUGCAGCCGCAUGUCCACGUCACGCCGCAUGCCCCUGCGUCUAUUGGAACGCUGCUGGAAGUGGCAAGUUUCUGGACAGAGCAUGUACGUACGCAUCCCGAGCAUGUGGAAGCGCUCGAGCAGUGCCUUGGCCUCUGUGCGACGCAAAUGCUGGUGUGGACGUAUGCACCGCGACGCACGUCGCUGCAGGACGAGGCGCGAGCGCGAUGUGAGCAAGCCCAAGCGGAACUGGAAGCGGGUCUAGGCCGCGAUUUGGAGGCAGCUGUGCAAGCCGCAGCCGCCCAAUGCCCCAGCGCAUGGUGGCCCGUCUUGCGUGCCCUCAUUGCGCGGUAUAUGCGCACACGUAGUACAUAG